AUGGAAAAAAGACAUCCGAGUUCGUUCCAGCAGCUCGAAAAGCUCGGGGAGGGAACUUAUGCCACUGUUUUCAAAGGCCGAAACCGCCAAACCGGCGAGCUUGUGGCCCUCAAGGAAAUCCACCUCGAUAGUGAAGAGGGAACACCAUCGACAGCAAUUCGUGAGAUUUCCCUUAUGAAGGAGCUCAAGCACGAAAACAUCGUCUCACUUCACGACGUCAUCCACACUGAGAAUAAGUUAAUGCUCGUCUUCGAGCAUAUGGACAAGGAUUUGAAAAAGUAUAUGGACUCCCGCGGUGACCGUGGUGCCUUGGAUCCAGCGACGAUCAGAAGCUUCAUGUACCAGCUUCUCUGCGGAAUAGCCUUCUGCCAUGAGAACAGAGUACUCCACCGAGACUUGAAACCCCAGAACUUGCUUAUUAAUGCCAAGGGCCAACUUAAACUCGCGGAUUUCGGUCUCGCUAGAGCAUUUGGUAUCCCCGUCAAUACUUUUUCCAAUGAAGUUGUGACUCUAUGGUAUCGAGCGCCCGAUGUCCUCCUCGGCUCAAGAACCUAUAACACUUCCAUAGAUAUCUGGAGUGCAGGCUGUAUCAUGGCGGAGAUGUAUACUGGGCGUCCACUUUUCCCGGGAACUACCAACGAGGACCAGUUGCAGAAGAUUUUCAGGUUGAUGGGUACACCUUCGGAGAGGUCCUGGCCACAGAUUUCGCAGUAUCCAGAGUAUAGGAAUAACUUCCACGUUUAUGCCACACAAGAUCUGCGGUUGAUCCUUAGGCAGAUCGAUCCCGUUGGUUUGGACUUAUUGAGCAGGAUGUUGCAGCUAAGGCCCGAGAUGCGAAUUAGUGCGAAGGAUGCCCUCAAGCACGCCUGGUUCAGCGAUUAUAGGAAGAACGCACCAGCUAACGGAGCUAUUCCCGGUGGACUACCAAUACCUGGGCCGGUUGCGCCUGGAAUUCCAGGAGGGACAUCACAACUCCCCCCUCAACAGCCACAGCCGCAAGUUAUGCAGGGCCAACCGUUGAUGCAGGGCCAACAGCAGUACUCUCAGCAUCCCCAGCAACAACAUCCUCAACAUCCCCAGCAGCACCCGCAACAGCAUCCACAGCAGUAUCAACCACACUAUCCACCUAAUCAGUCAAUGGCACAGGGAUACUAG